GUCUAUUAUAAUCAAAAAUAAAUCGUCAAUGAAUAUGCCUAAACCAUAUAAUUUUCGAGAAUUUUUCACAUUAGUUGAUAAUCCAACUAAUAAAUCAAAUGCAAAAGCAGUGUGUAAGUUUUGUACACUUAAAAAUGGAGGAAUUCAAGCAGCAGCAUUAAAACAUGAGUGUUUUACAACGAAUAAAGCCAAUUUGUGCUGA